CCAAUCAUCCAGGUUGGUUAGUUCCCUGAGCCCCAUGUAACAAAUUGGAGCAAGCUAACAUUAACCCACAAAUGUGCGACACUGGUUGCCGCAUGCCGGACUUGUAGGGAGAGUAACCGGGACCAUUUUUAGAUUCACGGAACAAAUUUGCCAUUCACCAAAGCAGUGUUUCGUAACGACUAUAAAGCAUUGUGAAUGCAUCCAGCUUUGUACUGGGCUCUUCACUACGGUAAUUACUAUCUUCCCAUUGGUUCAUGUGUGCAGCUUGAGAUUGAGUUGAAAAUAUCUUAAAGGGAAAGUUCACCCAGUUUACCAAAUUACGAUUUUCCUUCCCAUUUAUUCUUCAGUCAAUGUAUUUUUUUUCCAUUAUGUAUUAUUUUUUUUACGUGAACUAUGCAGGGUUUUUUCUACCAUGAAUGAGUUGCAACCACCAACAUAAUACUGAGACAACUCAAUAUAGACAAUCAAUGUUAACCAGAGCAUGAUAAUGGAGCAGUCAGGGGUCUGUUCAAUAGCCUAGAAAUGAAUCUAUCAAUAUAUAUGGAACUGAUGGUUUUGGCAGUAUGUAGGUAGUCGGUGGGCAAGAAGGGAACCACAAUGCUCCCUCGUUGGCUGGGAAGUGAGCCACAGGACUGGUUAUAACUAACAGUUAUCUCCCCUUUGUAGAUUAGUCUGAAGUGAAGUCGUUGAGAUAAACUGGCCUGAACCCGCUCUAAACUGGUUGACCGCAGAGGACAUCUCUGUUUUUCUACUGUUCACUUUGUCUACCUGUUUUGAAUAACAGCAACAUUGGUAGUUGUUAGUUCUACAAAAAAAAUAAUCAGGAGAUGGCAAAUCACCAAUCGACGAGCACAGUCGUUUGCCCACCGGAAGAGCUCAACUGCACAGCGGUUUUUAAGGACCACCUCUCGGCCUCCAGGAACUACAGAGUUCAUCGUGGGUCCGUCCAUGGGCCGGCCGAGCUGCCAAUCCAUCCGGACACUUGGCACCCCACCCCCCCCUUUGUUGAUGUGCCCGACCAUGCCCACUACAUCAUUGGCUCGGCCGUCCUCAUCGUGGGCAUCACGGGCUUGCUGGGCAAUGCUUUGGUCAUCUACACCUUCUGCCGCAGCCGCGCCCUCCGCACGUCGGCCAACAUGUUUGUGGUCAACCUGGCCGUGGCCGACUUCCUGAUGUCGCUGACCCAGUCGCCCGUCUUCUUUGCCGCCUCCGUGCACCGCCGCUGGGUGUUCGGGGAACGCGCCUGCGAGCUCUACGCCUUCUGCGGUGCCCUCUUCGGCAUGUGCUCCAUGAUGACGCUGACAGCCAUCGCGGUUGACCGCUGCGUGGCCAUCACGCGGCCACUGGCCUCCCUGGGUGGCAGGAACCGGCAGCGCGCCGCGGUCAUGUUGACGGCCUGCUGGCUCUGGAGCCUGGGCUGGAGUCUUCCCCCGUUCUUCGGCUGGAGUGCCUACGUGCCGGAGGGACUUCAGACGUCGUGCAGCUGGGAUUACACCACCUUCACGCCAUCUGUGCGCGCCUACACCCUGCUCCUCUUCACCUUCGUCUUCUUCAUUCCGCUGGGGGUGAUCGGCGGCUGCUACCUGGCCAUCUUUCGCGCGGUCCGCCGGGCUGGACACGACGUGUGCCGGCUGGACUGCGGCGAGGAGCACAGGACGUACGAGAGGCUGCGCGGUGAGUGGCGCAUGGCAAAGGCAGCACUGGUGGUCAUCCUGCUGUUUGUUGUGUCCUGGUCGCCCUACGCGGUUGUGGCAUUGGUGGCCACGGCCGGCUACGCCCACCUGAUUACACCUUACGUGAACUCGGUGCCCGCUGUCAUCGCUAAGGCCUCGGCCAUCCACAAUCCAAUAAUCUAUGCCGUAACUCACCCUAAGUACCGGGCUGCCAUAGCACGCUACGUGCCUGUGCUGCGCUGCCUGCUUCGUGUAGCCGACAAGGACCUGCAUUCGUCCUUCAGCUCCGACAGCGGGACGCCCUUCGACUCUCGCCGGCCCACUUGUAUCGGCCAGUGUUCCCAAGGCACGGGUGUGGUGUCGGGAGCGGGCUUGAGUGUCGGGGCUCGAGCGAACGAACGCUGGGGGCAGACGUGCCUCUCGUCCGUCUCUGACACUGAUUCGUACUGGACAGAGAGCGAGACCGACGGCUCCGGCGUCAACUCAGUGCAUUUAGGCCAACACUUCUCCGUGGAGAUCAGCAAGGAUACCGGCAUGCCCAAUGAACAGUCAGGUGGCGUGUUUUCUGGGCAGAAAAAAGAAGUGUUGUCAGACAACCUCAGAGCGGGCUACGGCAGCACAUCGGGCUCCUUGAAUAUGUUUGAAGGACAUGUGCUUGAUGCAGGCCUUCAGUCUGAUGUCACUGAACUCCUGCUCCUUAGCAACUGAGCUUAAAUAGUAAUAAGUACACUUAAGUGUGUUAAAAUGUAUACUUAUAACACAUUAAUUCCCAUCUUCCCCCAUGUUAUCUUAUUCAUCCUGAUUCUUCCUGAUUAUGUAAAGGUACAAUUAUUAUAAAUGAUACAACUAUUAAUUAUUUUACAGAGGUUUACUGAGAUGUUCUGUAGUGCAAUGUAUCUCUGAUAUAAGAAACACAGAAUUUGUAUUGCUCUUAUUUAUUUAACUUGCAUAUUUUGUCACUGCCAGAUUUUUCCAAAAAAAAAAAAUCCAGAAAAAUUAUAAGUAGCCACCAUGUUGUGAAAACAUUAACCCGUUACCUUUAAUACAUUUAUAUAUAAUUUCAUUCAAUUUGAAUGUUCGUGUUUUGGAUUUACUUUUCAAUCUUCUAAUUUGUUUAUUUCAAUAAUAGUUUGCUAAAUGCCAUUUCAAAUAAA